GGGGACGAGGGGGCCAGCAUGUGUGCGUGGGUGUGCAAGGGUGCAGGGAUGUGAGAGGUGCGAGGAAGGGGGCGGGUGCAAGAGUGUGUGACUGUGCGUCUGUGGGAUGUACGUGCAAAGAUAUGGGUGUAGGGGUUGAGAGUCUAUGUGGGAGUGAUUUGACUGAUCCGAUGUCUGCCAGAGCGGUGGAGCACAGCCAUCUCCUUCCUGUGGUCUCCACUAGAAGUCAGGUUGGCCCCGCUGGCUCCGGUGGAGGGUGGUCAUUAGACCUCUCGGGACAGUUGGGGGCAGCAGCUCUGCUGGCUUGAGGUGGAUGGAAAGGUCCCUAGACCUCAAGAACAACAGCCGUUCAAACUGGAGGCAAACAUCUAUGACCUAAAAGGCUUGGGUGCAAGCAGACCAGGGUGGGCACUGCGGCAGCGUCGUAAGAGGAGAGCACGAGCCCCCACCAAUGUGCACUUCUGUGUGACGCAGCAUGAAAGGGCUGGGACGAGGACCAUCAUCCACCAUGGUGAAGCUAGGCUGCAGCUUCUCAGGGAAGCCAGGCAAGGAAGCAGGAGACCAGGAUGGGGCUGCCAUGGACAGCGUCCCUCUGAUCAGCCCCCUGGAUGUCAGCCAGCUUCAGCCGUCAUUCUCAGACCAGGUGGUCAUCAACACACAGACAGAAUAUCAACUUACCUCUGCAGACCAGCCAAAGAAGUUUGCAGAUUUGGAGGGUCAGAGGCUGGCUUGCAGUCACUCAGAGGAAGGACGCAGACUGCCCACCGCAAGGAUGAUCGCUUUUGCUAUGGCACUUCUGGGCUGUGUGCUGAUCAUGUACAAGGCCAUCUGGUAUGACCAGUUUACCUGCCCAGAUGGCUUCCUACUUCGGCACAAGAUCUGCACCCCACUGACCCUGGAGAUGUACUACACCGAGAUGGACCCCGAACGCCACCGCAGCAUCCUGGCAGCCAUCGGGGCCUACCCACUGAGCCGCAAACACGGCACUGAGAUGCCCGCUGUCUGGGGAAACAACUACCGGACCGCCAAGGAGGAGCAUAAGGGCACUACCCCUGCGGCGAUGGCUGUGUCCACUGCAGCUGCAGCUGCAGCGGCAGAGGGCACCGAGCCGUCAGGGAAGUCUUUGGACACGAGAGAGAAAGAAGACCCGCAGAAGGCGGAGGGCGUGCCAUCCCAGCCCCCCAAGUGACUGUCUGCCCCGUCCCCGCUCCGCCCGUGACUGGGCAUCCCUCACCAGCUACUUUGACAUGCACACUGCCUGACGCUUCUCCACCCAGUGAUUGUGCUCCUGUCCCAAAGCACCCCGCUCAAGUCUCCCACCCCUGGUGGACCUCUGACUCUGUUGCUUUUCUUUAAGUAAAGAUUCACAUCUA